ACUAUCAAAAAAAUAUGCCGUUAAAAUGUGCUGUUUUGUUUUGGAGCCACUAAUUCCAGGCAGUGUAGAGUAACUUGCAUCGACCAUUGACGUGCGACAUUUUCAUUGAACAUAGACACUGAAUAAGGUUAAGUUGAUGGCGUUUAAAAACGUCUCUGGUGGAAGAAGAGGAACGUGGGUUCAGAGGCAUGAAUACGCCCUUGUAGAAGUGGCCAAAGAGCAUAUUUACCUAAAUGCAAACUUAGUGCAAGCCUUGCAUCUUAUGCGGAACAGAUGCAUUAUUAAUGAGGAAGACUACAGGCGAUUGGCGCAAAAAUUUUCUAGCAGCGGCGAAAAUACCCCGCGAGAAAUGUUCAUCAAGUUUCUGGGGGAACUUCGAAAUAGGGCGACAUUCAACGAGUUCACGUGUUUCCUGUUCGAAAUGGAUUGUUCGCCAUUUGCCUAUGCCUUAUGCAAUCAAGUUAGUCAACCACUUAUCCAUUUGUCUGGAUCGGACGAACUCGAUUCUACAACAGUUUUACAACAAUUUAGUAAUAUUAAAAGUCACAUAGACGACAAUGUGUACAGGGGGUCGAAAAGUAUGUCUGUUCAAUGGUAUGCUCAGAACAAUUUAGCGAAAGGAAAUAGAGCAGAAGAUGAUGCACAACGGCAAUUUUAUGUAAAUCUUUACGCAUCAUUGUCGUUGCUUCAUUUACAUCUGUACACAGACGAUCAACUACUUCUGCAAGAAGUCAGCGUGGACGAAGUUUCAAAGGCAGUUCCACAAAAUACCAAUAUUACUUCGGCUUUGCUUACAGAGAUGUGCAUGCAUGCCAAAAUAUGGGCUAUUCGAGGGGACUAUGUUAGGACAUUAGAAUGUGUAGAUGAGAUGAAAAAAAUGCUAGAAAGGUUUGAUCAUGCAUUCAUGAGAGCACUUAUCCAUUUUUACUGUAUCAUCAUCUACCGCAAAUUGUAUCCUUCGAGCUGUGAAUACCUUGUCAAAUUGGCCGCUGAGUCCGCUGACCAUUCGCUUGGUGCUCUGUCGAGGCAUUCAAAGAUCAACACGAUUUUGUUUGAGCGAAUAGUAUACACACAUCUGGUCGAAGUUUAUCUUGGCAUAGGUCUCGAUUGUUACGUUACAUCAGGCCGCUUGAAAAAAGAACACAAACUACCGGCAAAGGUGAUUAUCGAAAGACUCGAAUCGCAGAUUAAACCCGCCAUGGAAAGCAGGGUAAAGAUGAGACUUUCCGUUUGUCGCGCGAAAAUAUGCGAGGAUGAAAACGAGCCCAAACUAGCAUGUGAACACAUAAAAAAUGCAAUACAGAAGGCGGAGGACGGGUCUCAGUCAACACUAGAAAGGGAUAACAUCAACAACUACUACCAGCAUCUGAUAGUAAAGCUUGCAAGAGGCAUGGGCCCUAUACCAGACGAUGAGGCAGUUGAUGAGGAAGAAAUUGAUUAUGACAAUGCAGCUAUUAAUGAUAUCAAUGCUGGAAUUGUUGAGUUGCUGUACAUCUUUUCCUGCUUUUGGUUAAUAGGUGUUGUUAUCUUUUUUCACUUUAUUUGCAUUUUUGAGUCGAUAUUUCUUAUGUAAUCUCAUUGUUUCGAUAUUGUAUCUUUGUGGUUUAUAAAUUAUUUCCCUUAUUGCGUUAAAUGUUUCCUUGGUUUGUGUCGAUUUGAUCGAGUUGUUCAUGUUUUUACUUUCAAGUAGAAUCCAAAUAAUUCAUGUUGAUAAACAACAAUGCAGUUACAUGUGGUGUUCUACAAAGCAAUAUCAUUUCUUUGGUUGCUAAUUUGUGAAAUGCUUAGCAUACCUGAAUGCAUCUCUAGUUAAAGAAAUAAACAGCUUGAAUUCUGUU